CAGCUUACGCACGUCGGGGUGGCGGGGGUAGGGCUACAGGCUUGCUGGCAGACACCCUGCUGACCUGCCUGUUGAUGAUGACUCCGCCGCAGCAUCUAGUUCGCUGCACGGGCAUCUGAGGUUCCAAGGGGUCUCACGGCGGGUAAAAGCCAGAGCCAAGACUGGACCCACACAGAUGAUCUCCCUGUCGAACAGGUCCCUUAGCGUCAGAUACGCGCAGGCUGCAGAACUAAAGAGGUCGCCCAAGCACAGCUCGCUGUGCGGAAAAGUGACGGGACUGAAUCCUGAGAUCCAAAUGUUUUCUCAUCUAAAAGCACUGAUGUUAAAAUAUUUCUAGAGACAGAGAAAAAAAAUAAAGACAUGGCUCCAUACGGAAAGUCAGGACUCAUAUUUUAUUUUCAGUGACAAUGAAUCUUAAGCGAAUCCUCACUGUGUAACUCUAUAGAGAACUAGGUUUUGGUAAACCACUCCCCCCCCAAGAUGAGUGACAAGUUAUCCCGAGUGUUUUGGGUCAUUUUGUGGGCUAGCAAAGAAUCCAGGCGCCCUCUCCUUCCUCUGUUAUUGACCUUCCACUUGGGUCCAUUCCUUUUGUCUUCCCAGGCACAGGCCAUGGAGAGGAAUGACAUCAUUGACUUCAAGGCUUUGGAGAAAGAGCUGCAGGCUGCACUCACCGCUGAUGAGAAGUACCAGCGGGAGAACGCUGCCAAGCUACGGGCAAUGGAGCAGAGGGUGGCUUCCUAUGAGGAGUUCAGGGGUAUUGUCCUGGCAUCACAUCUGAGGCCACUGGAGCGGAAAGACAAGAUAGGAGGAAAGAGGACGGCGCCCUGGAACUGUCACACUACUCAGGGAACAUCCUUCCAGGAUGAAACCACUGCCAUCUCCCUGGAGAAAACACCGUUCCAGCCGGAGACCUCAGCAGAGUUCUGCCGGGACUGGCGGCGAUACUUGCGGAGUGGGCCGGAGCGCUAUCAGGCCCUGCUGCAGCUUGGAGGUCCCAAGCUGGGCCAGCUCUUCCAGACAGACGUGGGGUUUGGACUUCUCGGGGAGCUGCUGGUGGCACUGGCUGAUCACGUGAGGCCGGCUGACCAGCUGGCAGUGCUGGGGAUCCUGCGCGGCCUGGCCAGCACCGGGCGCUUUGCCCUGAACCUGAGCCUGAUGAGCUGCGCAGAGAGAGCGAGCUGCAAAGACUUGUUUCAGAAGCUGCAGGCCAUGGGCACCCCCGCACCCGAGAAGGAGGGUCUCAGCCAGGGGGAGCAGGGUCUGGAGGGGCAGCCUGGUGGGCUCCAGGAGGGGGAGAGGCUCCUACGAGAGCUGCUAGAGCUGUACCAAGUGGAUUUUUAGGACCAGUUAUCUUUAGAGCGCCCCCCAGUGGUCACUGGAGACUUGGGUUGAUGGCCCUGGGGACUCUGCAGGACUGGAAUAAGAGACCACACCCACUUCCCUUCUCAACUUAGAAUCUUCAGAGCAAAAGCUGGAACCGAAUCUUCCCCUCUUCUCCAUCCCCUCAUUGGCUCGAUAUUCUGAACUGUGUAGAUCCACAGGGUGGCCAGGGGCCCAGGAAGUCAAAAGAGCUUUGCGUCCCGCCCUUAGGGUCUGCCAAGCCUGUGGCUCAUCACCCUUGGAGAUGGGCAUGUGCCCAACCAAAUGCCAGCUACUCUAGUGACAGUCUCCGCCCAAAAAA